ACUCUCAGAUCCAGUCUUCCUUCCUUGUUAAUCCACCCAAAUCUCCCAUGGCAAACGCUUGGAAGAAAUACAAAUCCAACAAACUCACCACCCCCAAACUCCUCUUCCUCUUAACCUCCACCUCCCUCAUCCUCCUCACCUUCUUCUACCUCUCCACCCCCACCACCCCACCCACCCCCUUCUUCAACCCCACCUCACCCAUCCACCCCUUCAACUGCACCAACACCCCUCAACCCCACCCCAUCAUAGCCAACCAAGUUGAAGGCCUCAAACACCCAUUCAUCUACUCCCUUUCCGAUUUCGGGUCCCUACCCGAUAAACCCCACAAGAACAUUGUCCGGAUGCUCAAAGGGAAAUUGUUUAGAAGACCCGAUAUUUCGGUUACCGUCCAGGACUUGCUGGACAAGAUGAGGGCUGAAGGGAGGACCGGGGCUUUCAUCGAUGUGGGAGCGAAUGUGGGUAUGGCCACAUUCGCUGCUGCGGUGAUGGGCUUUCGGGUUUAUGCUUUUGAACCGGUGUUGGAGAAUUUGCAGAGUGUUUGUAAUGGGAUUUAUUUUAAUCGGGUUGGGGAUUUGGUCAGGCUUUUCGAAGCUGCUACUUCUGAUCGGCUUGGGAAUAUCACAUUUCAUAAGUUGGUUGGACGGCUAGACAACAGUGCGGUUUCAGCGACUGGUGCGAAGCUGGCUUUUAAAUCAAACGAAGAAGUUGAACUUCAAGUAAGAUCGGUUCCGCUUGAUCUAGUGAUCCCCGAGACAGAACACAUUCUGCUUUUGAAAAUCGAUGUGCAGGGUUGGGAGCAUCAUGUGUUAAAAGGGGCGAAAAAGUUGCUGUCGAGAAAGAAAGGUGAAGCUCCGUACUUGAUCUAUGAGGAAGAUGAAAGACUCCUGUAA